ACACCGCGCCUGCUCUUCCACACCCUCACUUUCGUCUCAUCGAGGUUUCCAGCACUUCGUCACAGCAGUUUGGAAAUUCGCCUCGGAAUCGCUCUCCGGUGUCGAGGAGAUUGUAGGAUUCUUGGAUUGUAGGUGGAUCAGGCGGAGGCAAGGGUUUAGACAGGAUACUUCUGCGCGGAAGCUGGUGGAGGAGUUGAGCAUUUUGGUGCAGGUAAAGGUGAAGAGUAAAGGGAGCGAGAGAUGGCCGGGGAGGUGAAGAUGAAGGAUGUGAAGCAGAGGAAUCCCAAGGAGCAGAAGAAGAAGAGGAAGGAUGGAGGUCCUUCCGACAAGCACAAAUUCUCACUAGCGGAGCAAAUGGACGACACCAAAGAGGCACCCCCUCGGAAUCGUUCUGCCAAGGCUCGCAAAAUGCAAGAGGAGGAAGAGUACGUGACUCCCGGUAUGAGCAACAAGAUUUUAGCAGAAGCUAGACGUCAGCAACAAGAGAUUGACGAUGAGAAGGAUGAGGAAACUGGAGUUGCAGCUGCCCGAAGAGCUUUCAACGACGUCACUGUCGAGAAACAGAUUGCUAAAGAGGAUAGUGACGAUGAAGACGAUGAGGGAGGUUAUUCGGAUAAUGAAUACGCGGAGGAAGAAUUUGAGGAAAUAACAGCAGAAGAUGAGAGGAUAAUGUCCAUGUUCAUGGCUUCAGAUGCUGGGCCCCAACGCACUUUGGCAGAUAUGAUCAUGGAAAGGAUAAAAGAAAAAGACGCAGGCAUUUCCAGUAGUAGCCCUGAAGGAGAGAGAAACAUACCUGGAAUCGACGAAAAAAUCGUUGAGGUCUUUAGGGGCGUAGGUAAGCUUCUGAGUAGAUUUAGAUCUGGAAAAGUUCCAAAAGCAUUCAAGAUUGUUCCUUCUCUCUCCAACUGGGAGGAAGUGCUGUACAUCACGGAGCCAGAGAAAUGGUCAACAAACGCGAUGUAUCAGGCAACUCGGCUCUUUGCCUCGAACUUGAACGCACGCAUGGCGCAAAGAUUUUACAAUCUAGUGUUGCUACCAAGGCUGCGUCAGGAUAUCAAUGAACACAAGCGUCUCCACUUUGCUUUGUAUCAAGCGUUGAAAAAGGCCGUUUAUAAGCCAUCUGCUUUCUACAAAGGCAUCCUCCUACCGCUCUGCCAGUCUCGGACAUGUAAUCUGCGAGAGGCUGUUAUUAUCGGAAGUGUUAUUCAAAAGGUAUCCAUCCCCGUGCUUCACUCAAGUGUGGCCCUCAUGAAGAUUGCGGAGAUGGAGUAUUGCGGCACUAACAGUUACUUUAUGAAGCUCUUGAUGGACAAGAAAUAUGCCCUACCAUAUCGUGUACUUGACGCUAUGGUUGCGCAUUUCGCCCAGUUUACGGAUGACGAAAGAGAACUUCCCGUCAUUUGGCAUCAGUGCUUGUUAACUUUCGUACAAAGAUACAAAAACGAGUUGAGUGAGGAGGACAAGGAGAAGUUGAAGAAAUUAAUGCGAGCUCACAAGCACUAUCUGGUUACUCCUGAGAUUCAGAGGGAGCUCACGCACAGUCGGCAUAGAGGGCAAAAGGAGGGACAUGCUCCAGGAGGACAACUCAUUUCUAGAACGACCGUCGUCAAAGCAGGAACUGAAGAAGACAUCUGGAACUUGCCUGCUGUGGAAAUCGAAAUGGCCGAGGCUUAACCAAUCAUGGAAGUUCGACAAUUUUGCACCGAGACCGAUUAGGACGAUUGCCUGUGUUAGAGCUGAAAGUAGCGACUAGUUUAGUAGGUGAAGGUGGUUAUCGAUUCUUUUGAUAGAUCAACUGUAAGGUUAUCCCUUCGUGACAAAAUUAUAAGGUAGUAGCGAAUAGAAAGAUAAUUUAUUAGGAGGAUUGUUUCAUUCAUUACGAAUAAAGUGCA